AUGAUUACCGCAUCUUUCGUAAUCAUAGUUGUCUUCAUCGUCGUCAUCAUCAUCGUUUUAAGUUUACUAACGCAUUUUCAUUACCAUCACAAUUAUCACUCUCAUCAUCAUCAUUAUCAUCACUCUCACCAUCAUUAUCAUCACUCUCACCAUCAUUAUCAUCAUUCUCAUCGCCCACAGAUCAUCGUCAUCAUCAUCUUACUCAUAUUCUCGGGCCUGUUCAGUGGUUUGAACCUGGGCCUCAUGUCUCUGGACCAGACAGAGCUGAACAUCAUGAUCGCCUCGGGCACUGAAACGGAGAAGAAGUACGCCAGGACCAUCAAGCCGCUCAGGAAGCGAGGCAACUACCUGCUCUGCUCCAUUCUCCUCGGUAAUGUCUUGGUGAACAACUGUCUGACGAUAUUGUUGGACGAUUUGACGGGCAGCGGAUGGACCGCUAUCGUCGGCGCCACACUGGCCAUCGUCAUCUGUGGCGAGAUCAUUCCACAGGCCGUUUGCUCCAGGUACGGCCUAGCCGUGGGGGCGAAGACAAUCUGGUUCACGAAGUUCUUCAUGCUGGCCACCUUCCCCCUCUCCCUGCCCAUCAGCCUCGUGCUCGACUGCAUCCUCGGCGAGGAAAUCAACUACGUUUACAACAGGGAUCGGUUGAGGGAGCUGCUGAAACUUACUGAAAAAGACAUAGGCCUGCAGUCGGACGAGUUCAACAUAAUCACAGGAGCCCUGGAGAUGUCGAAGAAGACGGUGGCUGACAUCAUGACCAAAAUCGAGAACGUCUUCAUGAUCGAGUACAAUGGCGUCCUCGAUUUCGACACCAUGACGAAAAUUAUGGAAAGUGGCUACACUCGGAUACCCGUGUAUGAAAAUGACCGAUCGAACAUAGUGGCCCUGUUGAACACCAAAGAUCUUGCAUUCGUCGACCCCGACGAUCAAAUCCCCUUGAACACCGUCACCAAGUUCUACAACCACCCCGUGCACUUCGUUUUCGAUGACGUCAAACUUGACGUCAUCCUGCAGGAUUUUAAAAAAGGUCAGUUGUUGGCGGAGGGGGGGGGAUGA